AGAUAGGAGCUCAGGAAAGAUUUUCUGCAUAAUGUCUUCCAAAAUCCUUUGUGUUGUCACUUUGCUGGCUUGUGCUUUGAAAUUUAGUUCAACUCAGGCGAGCUGCAGAGGCCGAUGUGGUGCUGAGUACUACAGGGGCAACAUGUGUCAGUGUGACUAUAACUGCCUGUCCUAUGAAGAGUGCUGCAGAGACUUUGAAUCUCAGUGCACCACAAAAAACUCCUGCAAGGGCCGUUGUGGGGAAACCCACAAGAGAGGUCGGCUGUGCAGCUGCGACUCUGACUGCUUGAGGUUCAAGCAGUGUUGUCCAGAUUACAAGGCCCACUGUGAUGAGGAUGAUAACAACUUAUUUACUCCAGACAGCCCAGCACCAUACCCACUGAAUGAUCUUAGUGAUGAUGUAUUUGCCGAGAUCUUGCCGGGUGAUGACUUUCCCACAAAUGGAGUGGGGGAUCCGGAGGCGUCUCCAGGCCCAGAGACCAGCAGUGGUGUUGAACCAACUCCAGCUGAACCCCAGGAUAAAAUCCCGGCAGAACCAACUGUGGUUACAGAUGAUCCGGAGUUCAGCACAGAGAGAGCUCUUUCUCUGACAGAGGCAACUCCUGCCGGUGUCGUUUUUAAUACAAUGACAACAGCAAGCACAGAUACCCAAGAUCUGACAAGAGACCCAGAUCAAGGAGCGAUUAUCCCUGAACUGACAACUGCGCCUGACCCCGACGUCCGUGAGCCUUCUUCGUCCUCAGCAUCACAAAAUGAACCUACAGCUUCAUCCGGUCCUACAGAGUCAGGGAAGGAGAUUGUCCCUUCAGACAAGCUGGAAGAGCCGGAAAACCCUCAGCUCACCACAACUCCUGCUUCAUCAACGUUGGCUUCAGUAAUACCCCCAGAGGAAACCACUUCAAGCCCAAACAUAGAGAGCAACCCAGGAAGCACCAGCUUCCAGGAAGCAGACAUUAAAGAUCCAACCCCCACUCUCACCCCAGCUGGAGUUGGGUUCCCCUCAUCCACAGCUGCAGACCCAGACAAGACCACUGACAGAGUUAAAGCAGAUGUAACGACUACGGAUCUUCGCACAUCUGAACCCGACCCCAAACCUGACCCGUCCAAACUAUUACCCACCUCUAAACCUGAUACCAAACCUCUGGACCCACAAACCCAGAUCACAGACAACCUGAAAGAUUACCAAGGAGAUGACAGUGAUGACACAAACCUGUGCAGUGGGCGACCUAUCAGUGGACUCACCACACUCAGGAAUGGCACAAUGGUGGUUUUCAGAGGUCAUUACUUCUGGGUUCUGGAUAGAAACUUGGUGCCAGGUCCACCCAAAGGAAUUACAGAAGUGUGGGGUGUACCCUCACCCAUUGACACAGUGUUCACUCGCUGCAACUGCCAGGAUAAAACCUACAUUUUUAAGGGAGGCAAAUACUGGAGGUUCGAAAAUGAUGCUCUGGACUCGGGGUAUCCGAAAGUCAUUAAAACGGGCUUUGAUGGGCUGCAGGGCCAUAUCACAGCUGCCCUGUCGGUGCCUCAGUACCUCAACAGGAAAGAGUCUGUCUACUUCUUCAAGAGAGGCGGAACAGUUCAGAAAUAUUCAUACCAGUUUGGCACCAGUCCAACAUGUGGAAGAAAACCUCUUCCCCUUUAUACCGUUCAUGCUCGAAUGGUCCGACAAGCAGUUUCUGUUUUGGAACCAGCAAUUAACAUCCGGAGAUCCUGGAGAGGCUUUCCCUCCACCGUAACAGCAGCCGUGUCCGUGCCCACCAACACAGUCCCAGAGGGGUACAAAUACGUUGUCUUCUCGAGAUCGACGGCCUACAAUGUGAGGAUGCACAAUGAGCUCCCCGUCGUCGCACCACCGAGAGCAAAUGUGUCACCGAAAACCGACAACUUCUUCAGAUGCCCGAAGAAAUCCUAACUGAAAAAAAAAAAAAAAACAUCGACUAAUUUUCCAGUUUUAUUUUCUGCUUAAAAGACACAGCAUCAACAUGGAUUUAAAAAAAACAAAAACAUGUCCUAACAUUCAAAUAAACAAUCUAAGCAAGAAAAAUGAACAAAUGCAAGAGGAAGUCCUCAUCAGCAUAGCAGAACACAGAUCUGAAAGUUGUUUGUGAAGGAAUGGUGGGAGUCUUCAGAUGGGAGUCCUCUGAUUAGUGCUUCAUCUCACAAAUCGUCUCCCGGGAAUACCGCGGGAAGGGAAGGCUUGACCUGUGGAAGACAAAAGAAAAAUGUUUCAGGUACAACUUCAGUGAUGUAGAUUCUGUACAGUUACUAAGCAUCAGUCAGUGUUAUGACUCACUGUAUAUCAUUUACUGACAGUUUUUGUCAUUAGAAGGCCACAUUUUAUUAAAUACACUGCUUUGUGCAUAAAUAACAUGAGUGAACAUUAAUUGGGAUUGCUUUAAGAAUAAUUUGAUUUUUUUCAAGACAAUAAAGACUAAAUGUUGUGGAAAAAA